AUCCAUUCUCAAAUCUCAAUCCCACACGACGCGAAGCUUCCCGGCUUUUGCCUCUCCCCGUUCUCUCUCUCUCUCUCUCUCUCUCUCUCUCUCUCUUGUUGAGGAUUCGUGAUCCAAUCGCAGUUCCGAAUACUUCGGGCCCCGAUCCGUCCAAAAAUUUAGUGGGAGGGAAAAUUAGGGCAGGACGAAAGGCGGUUGAUGGACGCCGCAUGUUUCUCUUUUGCGAGGACUAGCCAAUUUGUCAACAAACAUAUUACUUUCACUCCAGGAGUACUUUUUGCAUCUAAAAUCACAAAAUUUAGCACCUUUUCUCUGUCCAAAGGCACAGUGUUCCCUUUUUCACGGUUGUUUUUUCUCUCUACAAUUCUUCCUUUUCUUAAAGCCGUGACUUUUAAGAAUUUGGCAAUGUUAGGUUGCAAAGGUCUCGGUAUCAGGAGCUCAAUGAAGUCUUAUAGAUUGUCCGAGCUAAGUGAUGCUGAGGUUGAUGGCCUUAAGGCUCGUCCUCGCGUAGAUUUCUCCUCGAUUUUUAGUACGGUGACGCCAAUUGUGGAUGAUGUUAGGAUAAGAGGGGAUGUUGCAGUUAAAGAUUAUACUGCAAAAUUCGACAAAGUUGAGCUUGUUAAAGUAGUUGACCUUGUCAAUGAUCUACCAGAUCCAGAGCUUGAUCCAGCUGUGAAGGAAGCAUUCGAUGUUGCGUAUGACAAUAUCUAUGCAUUUCAUGUUGCCCAAAAGAUUCCGGAGAAGAUUACUGAGAAUAUGAUAGGCGUGAGGUGUAAAAGAAUAGCACGGGGCAUCGGCUCUGUGGGGCUUUAUGUUCCUGGCGGAACUGCAGUUUUACCUUCUACUGCUUUGAUGCUUGCAGUGCCCGCACAGAUAGCUGGGUGCAAAACCAUUGUUCUUGCGACUCCCCCACGUCCUGAUGGUAGUGUUUGUAAGGAGGUUCUAUAUUGUGCCAAGAAAGCUGGUGUCACACACAUACUUACGGCUGGUGGAGCUCAGGCCAUCUCAGCCAUGGCUUGGGGAACUGAGUCGUGUCCAAAGGUUGAGAAAAUAUUUGGACCAGGAAAUCAGUAUGUUACAGCUGCGAAAAUGAUACUCCAAAACAGUGAAGCUAUGGUUAGUAUAGACAUGCCUGCAGGCCCUUCGGAAGUUCUAGUCAUUGCUGAUAAACAUGCCAAUCCAGUUCAUGUAGCCGCAGAUCUACUCUCUCAGGCGGAACAUGGCCCGGAUAGUCAGGUGGUUCUUGUUGUAGCAGGAGAUGGCGUGGAUAUGGGCGCAAUCGAAGCUGAGGUCAACAAACAAUGUGCAUCCCUUCCUAGAGGAGAAUUUGCUUCGAAAGCACUUAGCCACAGCUUCACAGUGUUCGCCAAAGAUAUGGUUGAGGCAAUUUCCUUCUCGAACUUGUAUGCUCCCGAGCACUUGAUCAUCAAUGUCCCAGAUGCGGAGAAAUGGGAGGGUCUUAUUGAGAAUGCAGGGUCUGUAUUUUUAGGGCAAUGGACUCCGGAGAGCGUCGGCGACUACGCGAGUGGGACGAACCAUGUCCUUCCGACGUACGGUUACGCGAGGAUGUACAGCGGGGUGUCGCUAAACUCUUUCCUCAAGUACAUCACAGUUCAAUCUUUAUCCGAGGAAGGGUUGAGGAGAUUAGGGCCGUACGUGGCGAAAAUGGCGGAGGUCGAAGGGCUAGAGGCCCACAAGAGAGCAGUUACCCUCCGGCUGCAGGAAAUCGAAGCUGCUUUAGCUGUUCAGUGAUUUUGCAACCUCUUAGCUCAUUUACAGAUCUGUAACUUUAUGAUAUCACAUAUCAUUAAACCUGUGAGAACUUACUUAUCUAAGGCAUUUUUCCCUCUCCCAAACCAUUUGUUCUGCAGGAAAUGCUUCUUUUUGUUAA